GUGAGUCUGUCUGCAGUGAUUAUUUCCCCAUAAACGGCCACUCACAAAGGCCUUGGCCAUGCCUCCCCUCCCUGUCCCCCUUUUCCUGACGCUGCUACACCUUAUAAUUCUUACUUAUGUGAGUGGUGGGGCAUACUAUGGACACAAGCAACACCCUCAGCCAUACCAGCCCAUGCAGCACCUCCAGCACAUGGGUAUGGCCAAAGAAGGCUUUCCCCAGCAACAGUACCAUGGCAAAGAGGUGCCAUACAUGCAGUAUCCCCACUACAGGAAGGAGCUUCCCCAGUUGCCCAUGCACAAAGGCAAAGGAAAUGGUCAUAAAGGGGGCAACUAUAAUGGUGGACAAGACAAAGGUCAGACAAUCCCUAGUGGUGCUGAGGGAAUUCCCCAAGGAGAGCCAGGCCUAGCUGGACCACCUGGACCGGAGGGACCAGCAGGACCACCUGGACCUCCAGGAAAUGGACAGCCAGGACCUGCUGGAAGACCUGGACCUCCUGGUCUGCCAGGAGAGCCUGGAGUAUGCAAACCAGGCUUGCCAGGACUACCAGGCAAGCCAGGGGGAAAUGGUGAGGUUGGACCACAAGGAGAAAUGGGCCCUAGGGGUGAGGAAGGACCAGCUGGACAGCCAGGACCCCAGGGUCCACCAGGACCACCUGGGCUACCAGGAAUAGGUAAACCAGGUGUACAGGGAUUGCCAGGCCAACCAGGGCCAAAAGGAGAGCCAGGCCACAAAGGUCUGCCCGGACUUCCAGGAUUACCAGGACCAAAAGGAGACAAAGGAAUGGGCCAGCCAGGACAACCUGGUCACAAAGGGCUCCCAGGACCGCCAGGACCUGCUGGCCCAAGAGGGUUGCCUGGUUUUGGAAAACCUGGGUUGAAUGGGAUGCCAGGCCCACAAGGACCACCGGGAGAGAAAGGUCAUCCUGGAGAAAAAGGACCAGCUGGACUACCUGGUGAAGGAGGACAGCCUGGCCCACCAGGUCUACCUGGCCAAGGAAAACCAGGUCAAAAUGGUCUACCAGGACAGCCAGGACUGCCAGGUGGGAAAGGGCAUCCAGGACCACCAGGCUUGCCAGGAAAGCCAGGACUGCCUGGAUUUGGUAAACCAGGCCUCCCAGGAACAAAAGGUGACAAAGGUAUGGGUGGGCCACCUGGACCUCCCGGACCAAAAGGAGAUAAAGGCCAUGGAGGACUACCUGGUAUGCUUGGACCCCCUGGACCAAAUGGUCCUCCAGGUCCUCCAGGCCCCAUGGGACCACCAGGAGGUUUGGGUGCACCUGGUCUGAAAGGGGACUGUGGAGAAGGAGGACCUAAAGGGCUUGAUGGAGCCCAGGGUGAAAGCGGCCCUCCUGGGAUACCUGGUAAGGAUGGUCUGCCUGGGGAACCUGGAGAACCAGGUCCAAGAGGUCCACCAGGACCAGGUGGUGCGAAAGGAGAUGGUGGGCAUAAAGGUUUACCUGGUCCCCCUGGUCCUCCUGGAAUUCCUGGCCCAAAAGGACUCAGUGGAUUACCUGGUGAGGUGGGACCUCAGGGUCCUAAAGGGAUCCCUGGAAUGGAUGGUGCAGGAGGACCAAUUGGGCCUCCUGGUCUUCCUGGACCAAAAGGAGACAGUGGCCAAUCUGGUCCACCAGGCAUCCCUGGUGAGGGGGGUCCAGGACUUCCUGGUCCCAUAGGACCUCAAGGGAAAGAAGGCCCAUCAGGACCCCCUGGACAAGCUGGUAAGCCUGGCCUUCCUGGACCACCAGGCCCACCUGGAAUACCUGGUCUGUCUCCUGACAUGGCUGGAGUGCUUUCUGAGAUGGGCCCUGGACUAGAUGGUGUUAAGGCUGGUAGUUAUGGUAAGAAGGGCAAGUAUGGAGGCAAUGGGGCAGAAGUCAUGGGUGCUAGUGGGUUGGAAAUGCCGGCAUUUACAGCUGUAGCAACAACCCCCUUUCCACCUGUGGGCACUCCGGUAGUAUUUGACAAGCUCUUGUACAAUGGUCGCCAAAACUACAACCCCCAAACAGGGAUUUUCACCUGUGACAUACCUGGCAUUUAUUACUUUGCCUACCACAUUCACUGCAAAGGAGGUAAUGUGUGGGUGGCUUUGAUGAGGAACAAUGAGCCAGUGAUGUACACAUAUGAUGAAUACAAAAAGGGUUCCCUGGAUCAAGCAUCAGGGAGUGCAGUAUUACCGCUACAACCUGGGGACACCGUGUAUAUUCAGCUGCCCUCAGAUCAGGCUGCAGGACUUUAUGCUGGGCAGUAUGUGCACUCCUCAUUUUCUGGGUAUUUGUUAUAUCCCAUGUAA